GGAACCUUGACACGAUACACAUGUGAGCAUCAGGAUUGAAACAGAAUCUAUAACCUGCUGCUCAAACUGCGGCGACCAUGGUUCUUGUACCGUACCUGAAAAAGAUCGCGGGAUGGCUGGCACCGCCGCCCCCAAAGUCGGAAGAUGGGCGCGAUCAAUGGCCCUCACGCGCAGCCUUUCUGCUAGCAGCGAUGGGUGGUUGCGCAGGACAAGGAAACCUGUUACGGUACCCGUCAGUCGUCUAUAACAACUAUGGCUUGCAGUGGUUCAUUCCUUACUUGUUAGCCGUGUUUCUCAUCGCCAUCCCUGCCCUCAUUCUCGAAAUCUCGAUCGGCCAGGCCUACCGCGGAGGUAGCGUGAUCGCUUUCAAUAAUAUCAACCGACGGCUCAAGGGCGUCGGGUUGGGCCCUAUCCUGGUCAGCUUUAUCGUCACCCAGUACUUCACUGUCAACCUAGCCUGGAUUAUGAACUAUUUUCGCAAUUCGUUCUACAGCCCCUUGUCAUGGGAGAAUCGCAUCGAAGAAUUCUAUAUGGGAGACGUCAUUCAUAAUGUCGACCCAGUGGAGGGCAGCCUGAGUGAAGGAAAUAAGAACGUGGUUGCGUUUACCCAGUAUCCCGGGGUUGGUGUGAUCGGAGAGACGGUGGGCUGGAGCGCCUUUAUUUGGUUCCUGAUUUGGGUAUCGAUCUUUCGCGGCGUGGGCCUAACGGGGCGCGUGGUCUACUGGACGAUGGGCUUGCCAAUUGUCACCACCAUUAUUUUCGUCGGUCGGUCGCUCAGCCUGGAGAACGCCAGCGAAGGCGUACGCUUGCUCUGGGCGACUUGGCGAAGCUCACAGUUAGCCUCCGGAACAGUUUGGCAGACGGCUGUGGGCCAAGUCUUCUUCUCUACGGGCAUUGGAUUCGGCUAUUUCACCUCAUAUGCCUCAUACAAUGCGAAACACUCCAACGCGGUAAUGGAUGCUAUCCUCAUCUGUGGCAGCAAUGUGUUAUUCGAAAACUUUGCGGCGUUCGCGGUAUUUGGCGUGGUGGGCUACCUGCGACGUUGGCCCCAGGAGGGUGAACGGCUGGGUGCCUUCGUGGUCGGCUUUCUGACAUUGCCUGAAGCGGUCCUUCACAUGCCCGGGUCAAACUUCUGGGCACUUCUGCUCUUCUUUACUCUUGUGGUGCUCGGCUUCAGUUCGGCAUUUGUGAUGCUGGACGCGGUGACGACCCUCGCUGUCGAUUCAGGGCUCAAGGUUUCGCGUCCGAUAAUUGUAACCACGCUGACUCUGAUCUCCUUCCUCAUGUGUCUUCCCUAUUGUACCGAGUUCGGCUUUUACCUGCUGGACGGUAUCGACCGCUGGAUCAACAAUAUCGCCUUGAUAUUCGUGGUGUGGUCCGAGCUGGUCGGCGCCACCACAGUCUACCGCUGGACUGACGUGGUGGGCCAAACAGGGCUACCGGCAUUUAUUGUGUAUAACUUUGGCUAUUUUGGUGGGCAAAUUGUGGGUAUAGCGGUUGCUCAUGGGACUAAUAAUCCAUCCAUUGGUGCAAGCGCAGGCUUUGGCUUGUACAUUGUCUGUGCUGUUGUCGCGGUGGGUAUCGCGACGACUCCGCAGGCGGAGGCAGCCAGGUUCUGGAAUCGAAACGCAGUCCUCCGUCGAUUCUGGUUCUUAGUAUUCUAUUCGGGCAACCAGCUACGACGUGACCUCAACCAAAUUGUCGGCGGCGGCCGAAACUGGAAGAUACCUGUCUUCUGGCCAGUGCUACUGCGAUAUAUCAGUGCCCCAGUUCUAGCUAUUAUCCUCAGUUUUGCCUACCCAGAGUUCCACACUUUGCGGUACGAUCCCAUGAUGAUCGCAGGUUUUAUCCUGGCUCACCUCAGCCUGUUGGCCAUGCUCUUGGGUCUCGUCCUACCACGCUACUAUGAUUGCUUCAUCCCACCAAGCCGAUACGGCGAGAGCACGCAAGGAACUAUUCCCAAUGAGCCACGGCCGCAAGAUCUCGGGCAGCCAGCCAUGACUUCCUUUCACGGCACGGAGAUCAAUGCGCUCCCGGCAGGGCUCACUCUUAGAGACAUAACAGCACAACCCUUAGACUUCAAGUCACAUACUAACCCUAUGGAAACGAAGUUAUGAGUAUGGUUUGUUUACUUUGUCUGUAGAUAUAGAGGAGUUCAUUGCAUUUUACUUUGCUAAUCAUAU